ACCCACAUGAGAUGGCAAAACCUUGUUGGGGAGAGAGUGACCCAUUAACCAACCAGUCUCCUUUGCUCUGAUCCACCACGACUCUCUCACUACGAUCACCAAAUCCCAUCAUCCAAUUCCACCACAAUCAAAUCGCCUCCAACGCUCCCUAUGCGGAUCCUCUCUGGUUCCGGUUGAAGGCAUUUGUGGAGCCUUCCGGGGCUAUGUUGUUUAAGAAUGGGUUCCCCAAGGGUCUCAAACUUUGAUUUUUCAGUUAAAUGUGUUCUGAAAAUAUAUGACUCGUCAUCAAUAAUUUCACCCUCCUCUUGAGCCUGCAAGGAGACACCAUAUGGAUUGUUUAUCAUCAACCUGCGUAAAUUGAGAUUGAACCGGGUCAUUGGGAUGGAGGUUUAGAGUUUUUGGUCCUGAGAGAAGUUGUAGAUACCAAAUGUCAAGUGGGGGAAAUACACAUUGGUGCCAUGCAUGCAGGCAGCCAGUACGGCUUCGCGGUCAUAACUUGGUUUGCCCAUAUUGUAAUGGGGGCUUUGUGGAAGAACUCGAUGAGGUGGAGGACCAAGGACGACAAGAUAACUUGGGACUUCAUUCGGAAGAUGAUUCUGAAUUCGGUUUCAUGGAACCAUUCUCUGACCGAUCAGGAGUUAUGCAUAAUUUUUCUGCUAUUGUGAGGCACAGAAUGGCAGCACGAAACCCUAACUUCCACAAUAGAGUAAGAUCUGGUGCAAAUCCUGAACACAGUACUGCUUUUGGUUCCGCCCCAUGGUUGGUAUUCCAUCAUGGACAAGUCCCCGUUAGGAUGUCCAAUAAUGAUGCAUUUGAGUUCUUAUUCAAUGGCAGUCCAAGAACUGGGCAAAGGCAAGCUAAUAUUGUUGAUCAUUUCACCGGGUCAGGAUUGGAAGAACUGAUCCAAGAGCUAACUCUAAAUGAUAGGCAGGGUCCACCUCCAGCAACUCGUUCAUCAAUUGAGGCUAUGCCCACCGUUAAGAUCACUCAGAGGCAUCUUAGCACUGAUUCGCAUUGCCCAGUCUGUAAAGAUGAAUUUGAGUUCGGAUGUGAAGCAAAGCAGAUGCCAUGUAAGCAUAUAUAUCAUUCUGGGUGUAUUGUCCCUUGGUUGGUUCAGCACAACUCGUGCCCUGUCUGCCGCUUCGAGCUGCCUCCACUUGGUUCUGGUAGUGCUCGUAGUAACACAAGAUCAAGUGGUGGUGGCAGUAAUAGAAGCAGCACCACUGGUAGCAGCAGUAAUAGAAGCAGCAGCACUGGUAGCACCAGUAAUAGAAGCAGCAGCACUGGUAGUAGCAGUAGUAGUUGGGAGAGCAGUGAGUCGAAUCACGGGAGGAGUCCGUUGUCAUCCUCGUUUCUUUCUCGCUCUUCAAAUCAAAACGAUUCUCAUAAUGCUGACAGGGGAAGAAGUGGCUCUGCAGCAACCUACGAAGAGCGCAAUGUGAUGGAUUACUCCGGAUGGCCCUUCGACUACUAGUAAGGUUGUCUCUGCUGCUGGCUUUGCUUUCCUUCCCUUCCCUUUGUUUGUUGGUGUGCCUUCUUUAUGAUACCAACUCCAGUUGGACUUGAUAACUAUGUCCCCAGAGUGCAAUUGGAUAUAAAAAUUUGCUUUACAGAAAAAGUGUGCCUGUCCUUUUUCUUUUCUUUCCCCCGGUGGAUUUAUGACUGGGAAACUAUUUCUUGAUGGUUAUCAAAAUCAUGUUUCAAGGA